UAAGAUUGAGACGCCAAACUGAGAAAACAUUGGCAUGAAAUUCAUUAUUGUGUUAAUUAGCACAGUAAGCUGUGUUGCGCUAGCAGUCGCGCAAAGUGAUGGAGGGAAUGUAUUUGAAACAAAGGAAGCGGAUAAUGGAAUAAUUAAUAACCCAACCAUGGCACCUCUAUUAACAUCAACUUUAGCGACAAGAACUCUCCAAGUCCUCACCGUUACUCCCACAAUGUUGUGUUCUAAUGAUUCAAACGGUAAAACAAGAAAUUCAUGCAUUGAUUCCAUCGAAUUGCAAUCAACCUCUGAUAUGGCUGAAAAGGCAGAAACAUCAUCAUCUUCAGCUGCGACAAUAAAACAUUUUAAUAAAUCGAAAUCUGAGAAACCAUUAAAAAUUCUUGACUUGCUUGAUAAGUCAAACGCCAAUAGCGAUUAUGGGCAUCAAAGAAGCGAUCGAAGCAGAAAGGAACAAAUUAGAAGAUUCGAAGCUCGUCUACUAUCUGAUGGGAAAUUUAUAUGUAAUUAUGGCAGCGUAGUAAUCUACAGUGACUUGCCUUGCAAUGAACUAACUAAUAUACGGGUCAGUGGUACGAAUCACCAUCCGCCAUCGUAUGAGGCUGCUAUAAAACCUCAAACCAUAGAAACGGGGCAAAAUUAUGUCAACGAAAAUAAAAUUGUGGCAAAUGAAAAUUUCGAAAAUUCGCAAGAAAAACGCAAAACACGUCCGAAUGGCAGCAAUAAGCGUCGCAAAAACAAUAAGAGGCAAAAUGGAGAAUUGCAUAAGCAACAAUAUAGCCGAAAACAAAAAAGAAAAGUUAAUCAAAGUCGCGGUAAUAAGAAUUCGAAACGUUCUUCAAAGACCAGACAAUACAAAAAAGAAUAUGUCAUUAAAAGUCAUAAAGAUGAAAGAAAGUAGCAAACGUUUACAAAGGAAAUAACGAAAAUCACUGAAAUAUAAAUUCAAAGUACAUAACAUAAAACAUAAAACCGCACCAAGUCUAGUACG